GGCUUGAAAGUUAAGAGUGUGCAAUAUGUAAUUUGGUGGUUUCAAAUGGUUCUGGAUCUCAGAUUCUGGAAAAGUUAGGAGCCUGAUAUUUGGGUAAAUGAUAUAUCAAAGUGUUAGCUUCGUUAUGACUAUACAAAAUACACAAUUUGUAAAACUUUUCUCGAUAGUUUAUUUUUUUGAAAAAUACAUGUUUUGCUCACAUUUUGCUUUCAAUCUCAGGAAAAGCAAACUUAUUUUCUUAAAUUUUUGUUUUGUAUAGAAAAUUAAGUAUAUAUCUUGAACAUGGCCAUUUUGUUUUUCGUUAUGUUGUUUAAUUUACUUGCAAUUAGGUAAAAAUGGUUUUGGCGCUCACGUCAUAAAAUUUGCGUCGCGCGUCAAUCGCUCCGUGCUUUUCACUCACGUGAAAGUCAUAAUUCGGCGUCUCGUUUGCGCUUCGAAUUUUAUCCAUAUCGUACCGACGCGCUGCGCGCUCUUAACAUUGAUAUCCACGCGGACGAUGUCGCGGGCGUCCGCUAGUAUAGAAUAAACAGCGGGGAUGGGGUGAUGACGCUAAGGAGUGAAGCCAUUAAAGCUACACUCUUUGAGAGUUAGUACACGAGCGAGCGAUUAGUCGCUCAGUGUACGCCGAGGUUGCAUGACGUGUUGACAGGUGUCGAAUUUAAUUAAAUUAUGCCGUCUUGUUCUAUUCGUACGUGUAAAAAUACCGUUGGUAAAAUAAAGAAACAGGAUGGGAUCACAUUUCAUAUAUUCCCUAGUAACCCAGAAAGAAGACGAAAGUGGACAAAGGUUAUUCAAAGAACACGACUGGACGAAUUUUGGCAACCGACGAAGCGAAGCAUAAUUUGCUCAAUACAUUUUGAUGAGAAGCACUUCUAUACAACUAAAUGUGGUUUACAAAGACUAAAGAAGAAUGCUGUCCCAGACAAGAAUAUGGCCAUCGCAGCAGAAGAUCCCGAAUCACGCUUGGAAACAUUUGAAAAAGUCAACACUUACAAGUCGAGCGAGGCGCUGCCGUACUCAGACGAGGACACUGACAGCGAUGGACUCAUCGAUGACCCUGAAGGUGAAGAUAUGAACAGUUAUUUGGUGUUCAAUGACCGGCGCCAGGAGACCUCGCCGGAGGGAGAACCUUCCACCAGCACGCGGUACCAGACCUCGAGAUUUGUCGUUGAAGACGAAGCUGAAAAUGAGGAGGAGGAGGUGGAGCAGAUAAUAAUAAAGGAGGAAGUGAGCGAGGAAGAGAAGAACCAAUGUCGCCUCUGCCUGAGCGUCAACAGGCGAAUGUGGGAGCUGGGCGAGAACGCGCCUUUAUAUAGGAAACUGUUGUUCGAGACCAACCAGAACUCCACCAUGCCCAGCUUCAUAUACGAGAUGCUGGCGUGUUGGGAAUGUCACGCGGAGUUGCGGAAGAUUCGUCGCUUCCAGGACAAGGUUCGUCGGGCGAACAGCGCCUUCGAGACCAGCCAGAAUCUAAACUGCCAAGAACUGUCAAACUUGGGCACAGUCCUGAUAACAGAGGAACAACCAUCAAAUUCAGAACUUCAAGAAGAUAUGAUCAAGCAAGAACCCUUAGAUAUAGAAGAGACAGCUGUCCCCGACCCACUAGAUGUCAACCGAGCGCCCAAAGAAGAGAUAAUCAUAGAAGUGCCCCGCAGAAAAUUCACCCCAAAAACCACAAAACGCACAUCUACAACCAAAACAUCCCAAAACACGCCAAAAAGAACGAAAAUUGACCCAAAUACUCAAGAAGAUCCACAAACAGAUGCACCGGUCGAUUGUGAUGAGAUUUUCUGUAAAGUCAAGAUAGAAUUAGAGGAAUUGCAAAGUAUUUUGGAGGGUAGACGUAAUAAAGAUUCGUUUAAAAAUAUGAAGUACAAAUGUGAUUCUUGUGUCCUUGGGUUUACGGACUAUAGUCGCUUGCAAGAGCACAAUGCCAGUUUUCAUGACGAGGAGACAGGCAUUUGCUCGUGUGACAUCUGCGAGCGGCGGUUCACCGACGAGCGCCUGCUAGCGACACACACGAGGAACCAUUUUGUGAAGUUUGUGUGCAGAUUGUGUCCUUUCGAGUGUUACACCAAGACCGGCCGGAUGAUACACUUCAGACGACACAAGGAGGCCGUGCAGAGCGAUGACCCGGACUCUGUGUUGCGGCAAAAACUCAGUUCCAUGGAAUCUACGGGUGAAAGUUCGCACGAUCUCGACUAACGAGCCAAAAUGCUCGACGAACAUGUUGGCGAGCAUUUCUAGAUAUACUUUUUUUUAAUUUUUACUGCUGUUCGUUAAUUAAUAUGUAUAGACAAAUGUACAACUUUUUAUUAUCACCAUCGUAUUUUAACAGAUGGAACUUAAACACACCAAAAUGUGGCGGGCUUAAUUUUUUUUUUUAUUUUUUUUUCUUUACAAGUGAGCCCUUGACUACAAUCUCACCUGAUGGUAAGUGAUGAAGCAGUCUAAGAUGGAAGCGGGCUAACUUGUUUGGAGGAGGAUGAAAAUCCACACCCCUUUCGGUUUCUACACGGCAUCGUACCGGAACGCUAAAUCGCUUGGCGGUACGUCUUUGCCGGUAGGGUGGCAACUAGCCACGGCCGAAGCCUCCCACCAGCCAGACCUGGACAAAUUAAGAAAAUCUCAAUCGGCCCAGCCGGGGAUCGAACCCAGGACCACCGUCUUGUAUAUCCACCGCGCAUACCACUGCGCCACGGAGGCCGUCAAAAUAAUAAGAUAAUAUUAAAUUGUUUUACUACCAUUAUCAGUUAACUGGCGGACGCCCGCGACUUCGUCUGCCUUUAGACGUCCCUAAUCCGGACCUCUUGCAAAAUCGUUUCUUAAUGGACUACUAACUGUAAACUACUUCUCUGCCAAAUGUCCAAAAUUGUAUAGAGCCCAGGAUCAGUCAUUGUACCCUGGCGGAAAUAAAAGAAAAUAUUUUUUUUAACUAUUUUUGAUUAUACAAAUCUAAGAAUUUCUUAUACUUUCGAAAUAAUAUUCAUUAUCUCCCAAGAAAUGCAACAUUAUCAAUAGCAAUAAUGGCGGAUUGAUGACGUUUUCAAUUCAGUAGUCGAUUUGACAUUUGCUGUCAAUUGUCAUGUCAUAGUUGCUCUAUGGGCGCCAUCUUGAUAUAAAAUUGAAAAACUUGGGUUUUAAUUUUAUUUAUUUCUUUUUAUUUAGUUAGACUAUUCACUUUAAUAGAUUUUAAUUAGAUCCUUGUAUCUUUAUAAUUUUAAUGAUACGGGGUACAAGAGUGGACCUGAAAUGGACCAUCUGCUUUCAUCUUUUUUUUAUGUUUUUCAAGUUGGCCCUUGACUAUAAUCUCACCUGAUGGUAAGUGAUGAAGCAGUCUAAGAUGGAAGCGGGCUAACUUAUUAGGAGGACGAUGAAAAUCCAGUUAUAGAUUAUUUUUUUAAAUAAUAUUUAAAGCCGCACCUGCAACUGCAAGUCAGGUCAUAUCUAUGCAUUUAUUAAAAAUAACGUCAGAUUGGUUUUGACUAAGAUGGGAAUCGAACCUGUAACCACAUUUAGUUAUCGAAUGGCAGUUACCUAUUGUAUUGUCGAAGAGAUUCGAUUUUAUGUUAUUAUUUUUCUACCAUGAAUGAUUAACAUUUUGUGUUUUAUUUCUUUAAUUGUUAUUUUUAUAAUGUAGGAAUUUUAAUUUUUUUUUUAAUUUGUAAUAUUUUGUGUAUCGGAAAGUUUACUUAUUUUCUUUUAAUGUAAAUAAGUAUAAUUUUGCGUUGAAAUUAUUAUUAUAUAAUAAUUUGUUUUGUGUAACUGUAAUUCAAUGCUCACGAGAUUACCGCCAUGUGGAAUGUUGAGUCAACUAUUAUUGUUCCGAUAGUUGUUUCAGUCAAUGGUCUUAUAGCGAAAAGCUUCGACCAACAUCUUAAGAAGCUUUCGCUUAAUAAUAACGCAUACCGCAUUCUGAUGAAACUGCCUAAAUAUUGUAGCGCAUCGGGCAUGUUUGCCGACGUCAGAAUACCAGAUUAUUUCGCUAUCGUGAGAUCGCGAAUUGCGUCUUUUUGGUCCCGUAUCCGGAAUUGUCGUAAUGAAACCCUCAGUGUAUGCUCCGAGUAUCCUGAAAACCCUAUUCUAAAAUAUUGGCUUGCCGUGCAUCGCGACAGGAACAAGAAAUAAUAAAAAAAAAUAUGUUUGCUCUCAGAAAUUUCUAUAGAUUUAUUAUUUAAUUGUUAUAUUUAAUUAUUAUCUGUACUUAUUUAUGUAUAUUUUAAAUGGGUGUAUAACCUGAAGUAAAUAAAUUAUUAUUAUUAUUAUUAUUAACUGUUGGAACAAGGGUCAGAUAUAGAUGGCAGUAUUUUUUCAAAUAGUUAAAAAAGUUAAAAAAAAUAUCUAUAUAGCCGAACGUAGAACCUCCUCCUUUUUGGAAGUGGGUUAAAAAUUGUAAUUAAAGAUAGAAACACAUAGUUUUGUGCUAAUUACGUGUAAGAGCUUAAAAGCUACGCCAUCUAUGAAUCUGUAUCAUGUUGACUCAACAUGUCUCUAGAUGGCGCUUCUCUUAGUAAUUAACCGACUUCCAAAAAGGAGGAGGUUCUACGUUCGGCUGUAUGUAUGUUUUUUUUUUUUUUUUUUUUUUUUUUAUGUAUGUCCAGCGAUAAUUCCGUCAAUUAUGGACCGAUUUUAAAAAUUCUUUUUUUGUUUUGAAGGGUUUACUUCCAGGGUGGUCCCAUUUUUUUCAUGUCAGGAUCUGAUGAUGGCAUCCUGGAGAAAUUGAGGGGAACUUUCGAAAGUUGUAGAGACGGCUAGUGCGUUUGUUAGUGUUUCCAUAAGGUAUUUUAAACCACUACAACUUUAUGAAGGUUUGGAGUUGGUCUGAUGAUGGAGUCGAAACACAGACGAUGGAACUCGUCAACGAUUUACAGCAGUCACCUUUUGUUUGGGCUUGAUUGAUUUGUAUUGAUGAGUACCUUCCACCUAUAUGGGUUGUGACUGUAUUAAGGGUCUGGUGAUGAAGACGAGGAACAGUGAAGAGAACUCCUCGACGUUUCACAGUAGCUACCUUGUGUUUGGACUUGAUAAAUUUGUGUUGAUGAGAACUUUCCACCUAGAUGGAUUGUGACUGUAUUAAGGGUCUGAUGAUGAAGACGAGGGACAGUGAAGAGAACUCCUCGACGGUUCACAGUAACUACCUUGUGUUUGGACUUGAUAAAUUUGUAUUGAUGAGAACUUUCCACCUAGAUGGAUUGUGACUGUAUUAAGGGUCUGGUGAUGAAGACGAAGCACAGUGAAGAGAACCUCCUCGACGGCUCACAGUAGCUACCUUGUGUUUGGACUUGAUAAUUUUGUAUUAAUAAGAACUUUCCACUUAUAUAGGUUGUGACUGUACACACGCAGUAGGUAUGCUAACACUAAAAAUAAAAAAAUAAAAAUUUUAAUAAAAAAAAUUCAACCGACUUCCAAGUCAAAAAAUAACUUUAACUAAAAAGCAAAAAAUAACAUCCUACCUAUGUGCUACCUUCUGAUCAGUUUGAAGGCGGUGCCAAGCCAGUGUCGUGUUUUAAUUAAAGCUGUUUCUGAAAGAACCACAGAAAUUUUGUAGUUAAAACGUGUUUAAUUAAAACAUCACUGGCUUGGCACCGCCUUCAAACUGAUCAGAAGGUAGCACAUAGGUAGGAUGUUAUUUUUUGCUUUUUAGUUAAAGUUAUUUUUUGACUUGGAAGUCGGUUGAAUUUUUUUUAUUAAAAUUUUUUCUCAUAUGUGAACAAAAGAUGGCGCUGUAAUUUAUGUUGCUCUCGAUUGAGACAAAAACUUAAUAAUUAUAAUUAUUUUUUAUAAUAUUCCAAAGGGACAGGCAAAGAUCUUUGAUCGUACAGCCUGUUUAAUUGUUUUGCAUUCUUGAGUAUAUUGAUAUGAAGGCAAAGCCGUGUUUCUUUUAAUUUUUAAAAUCAAAAUCAAAAUCAAAAAUCAUUUAUUUCAAGUAGGCUCAGUUUACAAGCACUUUUGACACGUCAGUUGACUAUUUGUAAAGAUUCUACCACCGGUUCGGAAGGCAGGUUCUGCUGAGAAGAAACCGGCAAGAAACUCAACAGUUGCUCUUUUGAAAAAGUCAUACAGUAUUAUAAUUUACAAUUGAUAACAAUUACAAUUUCUUAUAGUUUUACUUCCUGUGUGAAGGUGGAAGCUGAUCCAAUGGCCUCCAAACAUCUUUAUCAUUAAGGAACUCAUCAAUGUUGUAGUAACCUCGACUAAGUAAAUGUUUUUUGACACAUUGCUUAAAGCUAUGCAUUGGCAGGUCCAUCACAGUCUUGGGGAUCUUAUUAUAGAAGAAUACACCCAAACCUACAAAAGAUUUUUUUAUUCUUUGGAGACGAUAUGCAGAAAUAACUAACUUAUGUCCGUGUCUAGUAAGACGUGGGUUUAAAUCUCCUUUUCGUUUGUACAAAUUAAUAUUUUGUCUUACAUAUACUAUACUGUUAUAUAUAUAUUGACAGGCUUUAUUUUCAAAAACUAAUCUGAGGAUUCUUUCAUUUUUAUGUAAAAGAUUUUUAAUAAAAAUAAAUGUAUGUAAGUACUUUAAUGACCAAGCUAUCUGUAUUUUGUGUUUAAAAAUUGUUCUCUUGUCUGUGGAGUAGACAUUUCUUUUGUUUUAUAUAAUGUACCACCAUAAUUACCAUGUAUGGUACCUUUUAUGUUCAUUUUCAAUGAUUAUUUUGUAAGUUUAGUAAUUUCUCUGACUGAUUGCCUAAUAGGCACUACAUUUUUGUUUUUAUUAUAAUAAGUCCUACUACAGUAAGAAAAUGCUGUGAAUAAAAAUAAGUAGAUGUUAAAAUAAAUGAUGAUUAAUAAUUUGUAAA